AUGGAAAUCGUCAACAACAGCAACACAUUCGCCAGCGAACUUAGCCACCGAGGAUUCGCCGGCUUCCUCGAUGUUUUCGUCCACCAAGCUCGCGACCUCCACAACAUCUGCAUCUACCACAAGCAGGACGUUUACGCCAAGCUCUGCCUCACCAGCGAUCCGGACGUCACUGUCUCCACCCGAACCAUCAAUGGCGGCGGCCAGAACCCGGUCUUCGACGAGCAGCUCCGUCUCUGCGUGCGGACGGUCGAGUCGUCCCUCAAGUGCGAGAUUUGGAUGCUGAGCAAGGUGAAGAACUACCUGGAAGAUCAGCUGCUGGGGUUCGCCCUGGUGCCCCUAGCCGACGUCCUCGUGGCCGACGGCAAGCUACUGGCGCAGGAGUUCUCCCUCUCCUCCACCGACCUCUUCCAUUCCCCUGCCGGUUUCAUUCAACUCUCGCUCUCUUACGCCGGCGCUUCCCCGGAUGUGAUGGCGAUCCCACGGGUAAACUCCCUGCUCCCCGAGGCCACCUUGCCGGAAACAGAAAACCCCCAUGAGUACCAGAAGAUCGAGUUCCCGGACUUGAAAGUUGCCAAGGAGAAUCACAUGAUGAUUUCGGAGUACUUCGGUCUCGAUUGCUCGGACGUGGAGACACAGUGCGCGAUCGAUCCGGAGAGCUGCAAUCGUGAGGAUGAGGAAGCAGGGGUGCGCCUCGUAGAGAGCUUCUCCGGCGUCAAGGACAGAUCGUACUCAACUGGUGCUCCAAGGAACGACACUCCUGUUACCAGUGCCUCAACGAGUGACUCUUCUCCCCUGCUUGCCCCCACCUCUCCGUCCACCUCUCGCGGUUUCUUAGCCACCGCAACUCCGAGCCCGACAGAGAAGAAUCCGAGAGUCGCAGAGAGCGAGGCCGAUUCGAACAACAACAAUUCAACAAUGAAUCAAAUCAUACGCAUCAACAUUGAGCCAGAGCAAACAGUGGUGCAACAGGAGAUAGUGGACAUGUACAUGAAGAGCAUGCAGCAGUUUACAGAGUCAUUGGCCAACAUGAAACUUCCAAUGGAUGUGGACGGUAACUCCUCUUCGACUUUGCAGGGUGCGGCUGUGAAUUCUGACGAAAGGCAGGCAACGGUGGCAGCGAAGGGAAUCGGUUCUCGUGUGUUCUAUGGGAGCCGGGCCUUCUUCUGAGCUCAAUGCUAAGUACCAAACACAGAACUUGCUAACUGUCUGUGUUUGUAUAUGAAAUUUGUUGUUAUCAGUAUUUCCACUUGCGUCGUAACGCCUAUGAUCAUAGCCAACUUGUUGGUAUCAGAUAGACUACGUUCUAAAGAUUAUCCACUUCAUGAAGUGAUUUUCAUUUUGGACGAGUUGAAUUAGUAUAUAUAAUUUCCUUGGCUCUCUUCAAAAAGAUUGGACUCGAACUUGUAAAUGUUCAGUUUACCUUGUCAGAUUUUCAGUUUUGCACUUUUUAUUUUUCAGUACUUGUGUGUAUUUUAGUUUUUAUGCAAAUGUUCUUUUUCCCUUC